AUGUAUUUAUUACAAGGUUUACUUACAUCGCAAUCUUUCAGUACCAAUUAUAGGGAAAAAGAGAGGGAAGCUUCUUCACAUCUCUCUCGCUCAUUCCCUCUGCCCUUCCCUCUCUCUGUUCAACUUUAUCUACUCCCACAAACUUCAUACCUUAUUCUCUCCGUAUUCUAUCUAUCUAUCUAUCUAUCUAUCUAUCUAUCUAUCUAUGUGUUCAUUUAUGUCUAUCUGUCGAUUUAUUUAUUUUUCUUAUUGUCUCUCUCUCUCUCUCUCUCUCUCUAUCUAUCUAUCUAUCUAUCUGUUCUAUCUAUCUGGCUGAUUGGCUCUAUCGCAAAUCUGUCUGCAUGUUACUAUCUAUCUAUCUAUCUAUCUAUCUAUCUAUCUAUCUCAGACUGUUCAUAUCUAUCUAUCUAUCUAUCUAUCUAUCUAUCUAUCUAUCUAUCUCAGACUUCAUAUCUAUCUAUCUAUCUCAGACUGUUCAUAUCUAUCUAUCUAUCUAUCUAUCUAUCUAUCUAUCUAUCUAUCUAUCUCAGACUGUUCAUAUCUAUCUAUCUAUCUAUCUAUCUAUCUAUCUAUCUAUCUAUCUAUCUAUCUAUCCCCCUUCUGUUCUCUCUCUCUCUCUCUCUCUCUCUCUUUGUUCUUAUCUAUCUAUCAAUCUGGCAGUUCUUUAUCUAUCUAUCUAUCUAUCUAUCUAUCUAUUUAUCUAUCUAUCUAUCUAUAUAUUCUGGUAUCUAUCUAUCUAUCUAUCUAUCUAUCUAUCUAUCUAUCUAUCUAUGUCUGUCCAUUGUCUAUUUCGUUAUCGCAACGGCCUUUUAG